CUCGCUGGCGCCGUCGCGAACCUACUGCGUUACAAAAGUUCUGUCGUCAUGGGCCCCGCACCUCAAUCUACCCCACCAUCGCGGGCUGAGUGCGCGAGCGGUGGUCAACCCAAGCUACAUCGUCUCUACUCCCAUCCGUGCUUUACGCGCGACCUGAAUCCGCAUGCCGUCACCUGCGCCGGCUCCCGACACGCGACCCCACCGCGACACCUUCGGGAAGGUGGUCUGCAAUCCUGAGGAUUCUGAGUGGCGACCGCUUCCUUCGCCCGCCCACAUGGUACAUUUCAGGUCGUCAUCGCAGAAAGACCGGCCUGCCAUGGCCACCCAGCCCGAGCAGCCGGCGUCGUCGUCGUCCUCCUCCGCCAUUCCCGGGGCUGGUCUCCAUCCCAACAGCAGCAGUAACAAGAACAACAACAACAACAACAGCAGCAGUAGCAGCAGCAGCAACAACAAUAACAACAACAACAACAACAACAACAACAGCAACAGCAACAACCACGGCUACCACAGCAACAACCCCGCCGCGCCUCUGUGGCAAUCGCCCGCCGCAAUCCCUCCCCGCACCUCGUCCACCAACUCGACCGCCGCCGCAGCGCUCCGGAACCUCCCCGACCACGACUGGCUCCCAGGAUACGCCGCCGCAACCGCCGCCGCCGCCGCCAGCCAUAAGCGCCAGCGAAGCCGCAAAGCGUCGGUCGUCGGCACCACGAGCUUCCCGUCCGCGGCAGCCAUGUCCGCCGCCUCGCAGCCCCCGCCAGACCCCAACCGAUUCGCGACCGAGGACUUCAGCAACCGGCGGACAUGGUCGGAGGAGAAGGACAAGGUGCUGAUGGGGCCCUUUGACUACCUCAACGGGCACCCGGGCAAGGACUUCCGCUCCGCCCUCGUCAAGGCCUUUGACGCCUGGCUGGAGGUGCCGCCCGAGUCCCUCGACGUCAUCACCCGGGUCAUCAGCAUGCUGCACACGGCCUCCCUCCUGGUCGACGACGUCGAGGACAACAGCCAGCUGCGCCGGGGCUUCCCCGUGGCGCACUUCAUCUUCGGCAUACCGCAGACCAUCAACUCGGCCAACUACAUCUACUUUUGCGCCCUGCAGGAGCUCCAGAAGCUCCGGAACCCCAAGGCCGUCUCCAUCUUCGCCGAGGAGCUGCUCAACCUCCACCGCGGCCAGGGCAUGGACCUCUUCUGGCGGGACACGCUGACGUGCCCGACCGAGGACGACUACCUCGAGAUGGUGGGCAACAAGACGGGCGGCCUGUUCCGCCUGGGCGUCAAGCUGAUGCAGGCCGAGUCGCGCAGCCUGAUCGACUGCAUCCCGCUCGUCAACAUCAUCGGCCUCAUCUACCAGAUCGCCGACGACUACCACAACCUCGUCACCAGCCAGUACACGGCCAACAAGGGCAUGUGCGAGGACCUGACCGAGGGCAAGUUCAGCUUCCCCAUCAUCCACAGCAUCCGCUCCAACCCGGGCGACAUGCAGCUGCUCAACAUACUCCGCCAAAAGACCGAGAGCGAGGAGGUCAAGCGCUACGCCGUCAAGUACAUGGAGAGCACCGGAAGCUUCGACUACACUCGCAAGGUCGUCGACGUCCUGAUUGAGCGCGCCAGGAAGAUGACGGACGAGGUCGACGACGGGAGGGGCAAGGCCGAGGGCAUCCACAAAAUCCUGGAUCGCAUGGUUAUCAAAGACUAAGGGGUUUAGGCGCGGGCUUGGUAACGGUGUUGGGAGCAAGUUACUUACUACCCCCCUCUUUUUCAUCAUUGUCUUUUGUUUUUAUAACUUUAUUUUUUUUAUCUUGCAUUGUUCGUUUGGGCGGGCUCAUAUGCAUCGAAACCAGGUUUUAACUGAUAGUGGUAUAACCGACCGUUUCAAGAUGGUGAGUUAAAAUUUUGUCUCGGCCGGCCAGAUGCACUCACUCUCGUACCCCAGAACAAGAGAACCCUUCUAGCACAGUCUUCUCCUGGCGGCCGACUUCAGAAGUCUUUCCACAUCCAUAGUUGACGCUAAACCCUGGGAGCAUGU